GUUUUCUCAUUCUGUUAAUGUGUUUGUAAACUCCAAAAGGACUCCUGUGAGUGCUCAGGGUCUGUGUGAACCCACAGUGGCAUCUGCUGCUCUUUAAUAUUUAUUUUGGUGGGGUUUUCCUCUCCUAUCAGGGAAUUUGUCCUUUGGUUCCUGCUUUGCCUUUUGCAGGAUGAAAAUUUAAUGCAGGGAUAAAAACUCUGCCCUCUCUGUGGUUUGGCUCUGCUCAGGUGCAGGCAGAGGGGGUGAAGCAGAGCUCUCACAUCCUGCAGAAUUUUUAUCUUUCAGCACAAACGAGAGGGGUGAUGUUGGCUGAGUUUUCUCCCUUCCUUGUAGGAUUUUAUGCUGCUUUUUCAUUUCACCUGGAGCCCUCCUUGCUGAUGCUGCUCCCCACCUGAUGCAAGGCAGAUCCAGCUGGGUUUUUAUUUUUCAUUUUGGCCAGAACAUGGAAAAAAGUGGCUCUUUGGGAGCAGCCCUUGUUGCCAGGCUGUUCUGUUGCCAUGGCUUUGGUGUGUGCGUGUGCCAGCCUGGGAUUGGCUCCUGGCCUGGGCUGCUCCUUUGGGGAGAGACUCUUCAAUCCCAGAGAUUUUUAAAAAUGUGACCUUCCUGUUCAUGGGGCCAGCUUUGAGCAGUCACUGCCUGCAUUUUCCCCUGGGAGAGGAUGAGGUCAGACAGGAGAGGGAUUUUUGCCUUCAAGUGCUCCCGAGCAGAGGAGAUCUUCAACCUGCUGCAGGAGCUGAUGCAGUGCAACAGCAUCAACGUGGUGGAGGAGCCUGUGGUGAUCUCCAGGAACAGCCAGGAGCGGGAGCAGGGCCCCAGCAGUCUGGGCUACACUGGACUUCCCAAUGGAUUUCACAGCUUCCCUGGAGAAUCCCUGUCCUGCCCUGCAGCCCGGCACCCCUCAGUGAGCAGCCUCAGACACUCCUCUGUGGGGGAGGACUCCACCCACCCCCUCCUGGGGCCUGAGGAGCAGUCCCACACCUACAUGAACACCGGCGAGCCGGAGCCGAGGGGCCGCCACUGUCUGCACUCCUUGCCUGAAGCCCACCCUCCUUUCCCCCCUAGGAACCACAGCUGCUCCCUGGAAGACCGAAACCCCCAGGUCUUCCUGCAGCCAGGGGAGGUGAAAUUCGUGCUGGCUCCCAGCUCCGGCUACCGCCGGCUGUGCCGGCACCCCCGCCAAUGCCGGCCUCACCUCUGCGCCCCCAACAACAACAACAACGAGUGGCACGAGGGCUGUCCGUCCCCACAGUGUGUCUAUGAGAACCUCAACGGGCUGCUGGCCCCCAGCAGCUCGUCCCUGAGCCGGGCUGGCCGCUCCAAGCCGUGCCAGGAGGACGGGAGCUGCUCGCAGCGGCGCUCGGCGCUGCUGCACUACGAGAACCUUCCGGCGCUGCCGCCGGUGUGGGAGCUGCAGCCGGCCCGGCACGGCCAGCAGGACAACACACCAUCCCCCAGUGGUUUCUCUGAGGCUGGAGAGGAGGAGCCCCUGCAGAACUCCAUGGGUUCAGAGAGCUCGGCCCCGCAGCCGCGCCGGGCCUUCCUGCCCCGCGCCCGGCGCAGCCGCCUGCCCAACGUCUUCAGCUUCGACUUCCCCCGGGCCUGCCCCGAGCCCCCACGGCAGCUCAACUACAUCCAGGUGGAGCUGGAGCCUGAGCCCUGCCGGGGCCAGCAGGAGCCGGGGGUGGUGGCAGCUCCGGGCAGCCCCGGGCCCCGCCGCACCGACUCGUACGCCGUCAUCGACCUCAAGAAGACGGCGGCCAUGUCCAGCCUGCAGCGGGCCCUGCCCAGGGACGAUGGCACCUCGAGGAAAACGCGCCACAACAGCACUGACCUGCCCCUGUGAGGGCCCCAAGUGCCAGCCCCGUGUCGUGGCUUUGUCCCUGCCCCUCCCUCGCUGUGGCUGUACUCGCCAUUGCCUUCCUUUGGUCGCCCAUUCCCUGGGGGCCCUGUGGCUCCUGCAGCUGCUGCUCCUGAGGCUCUGUCUGUCUGUCUGUCUGUCUGUCCGUCCUCCCCUCUCUGUUGCUCGUUUUCCAAGCCUUGUGGGAUGUUUGAGGGUUGAAUUCUGGGCAGAGCCGUGGGGCAGUGCUCCCAAAAGUCAGCUGCUGUAGGAGCUCCGUGCAGGAUUUCACACCUCUGCACUGGGGCCGCUCCACAGCUGGGUGUGUGGUUCCAGAUGUGCCUGGACACGAGGGAGCUCAUGGCCUUUCCCCCCUCAGCUCACUGUUUGUUCCUGAAGCUUUUUAUCCUCCUGUCCCUGUCUUGGCUUCAAUUUCAAUUGGGCAGCUGCAGUGAAACGAGGAGGAGGCAGAGCCAUGGGCACACACUGUGAUCACAGAAACCUGAUUGCCUGAAUCCUGAAACUCCCUGCCCUGCUUUAGAGGAUUCUCUAAAUCCUUAAACUCCCUACCCUGCUUUAGAGGAUUCUCUAAAUCCUUAAACUCCCUUCCCUGCUUUAGAAGAGGAGGGAAAGGCCACAACCAUGAGGGAGAUUGGAAGUUUGGUCUGGAGAACUUCACUUGUGCCAUACCCUGCUUUGUUGUGUUUUUUUUUGUUUUAUGAGUGUUCUUUUUGGCAGCUGCUAGAGGUGCUGUGGGUUUAUUUAUUUGUUUACUUAUUUAUUUAUGAGCUGUUCCUUUGCAUCCCAGUUCGUUGCCAAACUGGUGCCAGUGUGGGGCUCGUUCCUUCCUUGGAGGGCUCCCAAAAGAGCUUGGUGGCUUUGCUGAGCCACCAACUGGGGGGGAAAAACACUGUGGAGAGGAGCAGCUGGGAGAAUGAAGGAUUUCUGAGCUCGGGGCUGCCUUGGGGUGGGUGGGAAAUGGAAUGGGAGCCGUGGGAGUGGGAGCGGAGCCGCCGGGCAGCCGAGCUUGGAGCGGCAUCAAAGGCGGUGCCAACACCCCCGUGCCUGGCUGGGGCUGGGAGCAGCUCUGUGCAGUGCCAGCACUCAGUGUGCAGUUUGUUCCCUCACCUACAGACCUGGAAGGGUGAAAAUUCUGGGUACAUUUGUGGCCUUUUUGCUGUGGAUUUUUUGUCUCCGUGCCGGGGUUGCGCUGAGCCGCCCUGGGAUGUCCCCUCGUCCCUCCCUGUGGCCUUUCCCUGGAUUUCUCUGUGCCUGUUCUGAUGGAGAGCUGUGCUCUGGUGUGCUCUGGGGUAUUCUGGGGUGCUCUGAGAUGUUCUGAAAUGCUCUGGGAUGCCC